UUCAAUACUCAAUGCCUUAGCAGAUCAUGGCUGUGUCUGUAUGAAAAUUAUUGAAGGACGUGAUGCUAAACCUGGUUCUGGUUCUUUCAUGGUAUCCAUCCAAUGUGCAAAUGAACAUGUUUGUGGAGGAACUUUAAUCCAUACUCAGUGGGUCUUGACUUCAGCAAACUGUGCAGUUUAUUACUUUCAAGGGAAAAAACCCAUUGUUGUUCUUGGUACCCUGUCCUUGAAAGACAAAAAGAAAGCACAAAAAAUUAAAGUGAUCUUUGCAGUACCACAUCCUGCAUACAACAACAAAACAGAACAGAACAACUUGGCCCUACUCAAGUUGGAUCAAGCUGCAAAACUGAAUAAGUUUGUAAAGGUCCUCUCAUUGCCAAAAUCAACAAAAGAUAUUAAAAGUGGAACAAAAUGCAAGAUUCUAGGAUGGGGACAAACAACUGUUGACGAUGACGAUUCAUCUGACACUUUGAAAGAACUUACUGUAACUAUCAUAGACCGGCAACGCUGCAACAGUAAAGACUAUUACAAACAUGAUCCAGUCGUAACAGAUGAUAUGUUAUGUGCUGGUGAUGCAAACCAGAUGUCCAAAAUGUGCAGGGGUGAUGCAGGUGGACCAUUGAUAUGUAAAACUCUGAGAAAACAGUUUGCUGGCAUUGCUGCCUUUGCAAAGAGUUGUGAGACCAAGAAUCAACCUGGAAUUUAUACACGAUUAUCGAAGAAUUACGUUAAGUGGAUAAAGAAAAUCAUGAAAGGGCCAAUGGGAAACACCACAUUUAAAUGAUUGUGUGGAUAUCAUUGGGG